AUUCCUUAGACUCUCUCUCUCUCACUGCAAUUGCAAAGCAACAACAUUCCUUUUCUCCACUUCGAAGCAACGCAACAUUCUCUCUUUGCGAGGUUGAAGUCGUCGUCUUUCGAUAUCCGGUGGUGCAUCCCUCUCUUCUUCAAUUCGUUUUGUGUUUGUGUCUCCAUUUGUUUCCUUCUUGAAUUACUAGAAUUCACCUUCAUAUAGUUCUAAUUUUAGUUUAUUGGUUUUUUUUUUUUGUUAAUUUAUUAAUUUCAUGCGGAAAAGCCUACUUCAUUUCUCAAUCGCGGAUCCGUACUCAGACUGGUUAAUCAAUGCUAGGGUUUAGCUUGUGAAUCUUUGACUUCUCUCUGGAUGAGUCGGAUAGUUAUUAUUAUUAUGUGAAAAAAGUGAACCUGAUUCCUUUCUGUUACUUCUAAACAUCAGCAAUUUUACUCUGAAUUGUUCAAAAGUAGGCUGCUAAUCAAGUACAUGUGCUAAGAGUUUGUAUUAGCUCAUCUAUAUCAUAUGAGCCCUAACUCUUUAGAUGACUUGGCAACGUUGUGUGGGAAAUAAAAGUUGAGAACUCAACACAACAAUUACCAGAACCAAAAUUGAGCGGGGCAGGAAAGGUUCAGGACUGUAACCAGUUCUUACUUACUAUAGGGGAGCACAAGGAAUCAUUCUAGUAGUGGGAUUGGAUGACUCCAAAUUCAAACAGAGUCUGUUAGUCAAGGAUCUCACCAUGCAAACGACAUUGUUUAGUCAUCCUCUAUUCUGUUUCUCUUGCAGAAACAUCAGUACAAAUGGGAAGACUAAGUGCUCUGUAAAAUUUCGUACAUCAUACCCCUCUCAACUGGAUCGGAAAUGUGAAUUCAAUGGGAUACCUCAUGUUUAUAAUUCUCCCAGCCCCAUAAAACCAAACAGAUUGUUUGUGCUUCAUAACACAGGUGACAGCCAUCUAUCUGCUUUUACGGUAGAUGAUGAAAUGAACACAAACCAUGCUCCAAAUGGCACAUCACCAACAUUUCUCAGCAACUGGUCACCUCCAAGGUACCUGUGGAGGGGGUUGUCAGUUUUAAUCCUGGCAGGGCAGGUGAUUGUCAAGACUCUAAAGGGAAAGAUUCAUUGGAGGAACACUCUUCAACAACUGGAGAGAGUUGGUCCUAAAUCAGUUGGAGUGUGUCUUUUAACUUCAGCUUUUGUGGGCAUGGCCUUCACGAUUCAAUUUGUAAGAGAGUUCACCAGGUUGGGAUUGAAUAGAUCGGUAGGUGGGGUUUUAGCUCUGGCUUUCUCAAGGGAGCUAAGUCCUGUGGUUACAGCAAUUGUGGUUGCAGGGCGCAUUGGAAGUGCUUUUGCAGCUGAGUUAGGAACUAUGCAGGUUUCUGAGCAAACUGAUACAUUAAGAGUUCUUGGUUCAGACCCUGUUGAUUAUCUGGUGACACCAAGAGUGUUAGCCACUUGUAUUGCGUUACCCCUUUUGACCCUGUUGUGUUUUACAUUAGGGAUGGCAUCUAGUGCCCUUCUUGCUGAUGGUGUUUAUGGGGUGAGCAUCAACAUUAUCUUGGAUUCAGCUCAGCGAGCUCUCAGAUCAUGGGAUAUUAUUAGUGCAAUGAUCAAGUCACAGGUUUUUGGUGCUAUCAUAUCUAUUGUGAGUUGUGCAUGGGGAGUAACAACUUUGGGAGGUGCUAAAGGUGUUGGAGAAUCAACAACGUCAGCUGUGGUUAUUUCUCUUGUCGGCGUGUUCAUUGCUGAUUUUGCUCUUUCUUAUGUUUUCUUCCAAGGAGCAGGAGAUCAGCUAAAGAAUUGCAUUUAAGCAACUAAUGUUGUCUCUGCAAUUUUGCUCAUAUGUACAAAGUGAAUGGUAUGAAUUUUCUAUAAGUGCUGUGAUAAAAUAUUUAGAAUUUGGAUCAGGUGCAUUGGUCUUGUUCUUUUCUAAGUUAUGGAUUGCAAGACUUAUUAUUUGUACCCAUUUUUGUAUGACUUGGUGUCCUUCAAACAUGGUAAAGGUGUUUAUUUUUCCUUCAAA